ACUGACAUUUCAUUUCUUGAAACAUCAAGCUUGAGGACGAAGAAAUACCGGUCACAAAGUGCACGGAGAACUGACACAGGGAGAGCGAUUGAAAGAUGGAUCCAAAGUUACCGGAGGUCUCGCAGCUAUUCGAGAGAUUUAAAGCGGCUUGUGUCCGAGAGGAUGUCGACACUUGCAGCAAUCUGCUUUCUAAGCUCAAGGUCUUAUUGACUGGAUUUAGAAGCCUGCCACCGUUGUUUGAAGAUACACCUAAUGCCAUUCAUGAGUUGACAUUAGCAAGGGAUGUAUAUGAGCAUGCCGUUCUUCUAAGUGUGCAGAUUGGGGAUCAAGAUGCCUUUGAAAGGGAUUUCUUUCAGUUGAAGCCAUAUUAUACAGACGCCAGUAGCCAUCUCCCCCCAUCUUCGCAGGAGUACAUGAUCUUAGGUCUCAACCUCUUGAGACUUCUAGUGCAGAAUAGAAUUGCGGAAUUCCAUACUGAACUGGAAUUGCUUUCUCCCACUGCUUUGGAAAAUCCUUGCAUCAAGCAUGCUGUGGAGUUGGAGCAAUCAUUCAUGGAAGGGGCUUACAACCGUGUGCUGAGUGCAAAACAAACUGUGCCAUACAAAACCUAUGAUUAUUUCAUGGAUCUUUUGGCCAAGACAGUAAGGGAUGAAAUAGCUGGAUGCAGUGAGAAGGCAUAUGACUAUUUUUCAAUUGGUGAUGCCCGCCAAAUGUUGCUCUUCUCUUCUGAUGAUGAACUUUUGCAGUAUAUCAAGGAGGAGCACCCCGAGUGGGAGAUAAAGAAUGGUCUAGUAAUUUUCCAGAAGGCAAAAGAAUGUGCCCCUUGCAAGGAAAUACCAUCCCUACAACUUAUCAACCAGACUCUGAGUUAUGCAAGAGAGUUGGAGCGAAUUGUGUAGAAUUGAAACUGAUGGUUGUGGUCACACAACUCCAACCGAAAGCUUUUCUCCAGAGUAUAAACAUAUUAUCUUUUUGUACUUUUAAUAUGGUCACCCCAGUAAUCCGCAACCCCUUUGCUAGUUAUUCUGUCUUGAUUUUUAAUGCACUCGAAUAUCAAAAUUUACCAAUAUAGCGACGUCUUGAUUAGAGAGCC